UUAAUUUCACGGUUGCUUCAUCAAAUAUGUUGACCAUUGCUUAUGAAUCGAUAAAUGGAGGAGGCACAAAACUAGGAGAAAGUACCCUUUCUACUAUGGUGAUUUUGAGAUUGUAAUAUAAAAGAAGUGCCUAAACAGACAACCAUGUCAAUAAAGUCUUACAAAGAUCAGGCUCACAUGUUGGUCAAGAAUUACAUAUUGGCUGAUCAUUUUGUUCCUUAUACUUCCAUCCUCACUGGCAUUCUUUCUUGCAAACUGGUCUAUGAUCUGACCGACUUAAUCAGCAGCUUUUACAUCAAGACUUACCCUAGUCUUACUAAAAUUCAACCAGUAGAUUGGAACAAUCGUGGCAUCUCUACGACUCGCGCAAUUUUCGUUUCUUCUUUGUCGUUGUACUUCGUUUUCUGGUCGGACCUCUUUUCUGACUCAAAGCUUUCGGGUCUUAUGGUCUUCAGAAGCUCAACACUGUCUACUUUUGGUUUAGGGGUUUCUCUUGGAUACUUCUUUGAAGAUCUUGCUAUGACUUUAUGGAAAUAUCCCUCUUUAGGUGGAAUAGAAUAUGUUAUCCAUCACAUCCUUUCUGGAAUUGCAGUGGCAUAAUCAAUGUUUAUCGGAGAAGCUCAGCUGUAUACAUACAUGGUUCUCAUAUCUGAGGUGACAACCCCAGAGAUCCAUUUGAGAUG